AUGGCAAGUGGGAAGACCUUAAAUAAUGAACUUUCUAAGCUUUUCAGUGAGAUGUGGGAUGCAGAUGUUCACCGCCUUAGGCCUGGGAGAGACUACACAAUUGACAUGCAGGGAAAAGCAGGUCCAGCACAGCAAGGGGACAGGGCUGUGCAGGACAACGCAGCCAGACAUCUGUUUCACCAUGUAAAUGAAGAACGCCUGAGGAGCAUAAAAACUUUUGCAACCUUUAUUUCCUUAUUGGACAACUAUGAGACAUCAACCGGUGUAGCAGAAGUAGUGACUCCAGAAGAAAUAGUUGAAAACAACUGUUUCCUUGAUGCUAUCUUAGCAACACAAGUCAUGAGACUAGCUCAUGACUAUCUGCUGAAAAAAAACCUAGCAAGGCCAAACCUUGCAGAUUUCAAACAUCAGCUUUAUGACAUCUGGUUCCAGCUCUAUGCCAGGAAAGAAGGAGACAGACCUGAUUCUUGUGGUUUUGAACAUGUUUUUGUUGGAGAAACAAGGCAUGGUAAAGAGAUCUUAGGUUUGCACAACUGGGUGCAAUUUUACCUUCAGGAAAAGCGCAACCAGAUUGAUUACAAGGGAUACGUAGCUCGGAAGAACAAAACCAGGCCUGAUAAAGAUGACCAAGUUUUGAGCAUCCAGUUCAGCUGGAAGGGCUCAGUCAAGCCAGUCGGAAGCACCUUUAUCGGUGUCAGCCCGGAGUUUGAAUUCGCCCUUUACACAGUCAUUUUCCUGCUGUCUGAAGAAAGAGUCACACGUGAAACAGUGAAGAUAGAUGAGUACGAGCUACAGAUGGUUGUCUGGCGCCAUGGGCACCACAUUGGAACAGCAUAUCCAGUACUGCUCAGCACCACUAGUGAAGAUUAG